AUGUCAUCCACAGCCUCCGUGCCCUUCAUGUCCCGCCUAAUAGUAGGAUGCUCGAGACGACAUCAAAGUGGAGAGGCUGGCGAUGACAAUACAGGCCAUAUCACAACGGCACCUCAGGAAGGCAUCAUAUUCUUCAACACCAUCCUGCCGCCAAAUCUACAAUGGCUGUUUCGCAUCACAUCUACCACGCGCAAAUUCGGCGGCAAAGGUGACAGCACAAAGGUCUCUGAGACGAGCUUCCAGGGCAGCUCGUACGCUGUAGUGAACCCGGCGAAUGUACUUGAGAAAGCCACCAAGGAAGCUCAAGUCGGCAACGUGGAAGUCGUAGAAGUGCUGCCUCGAUUUGGAGAGGGAGGAGCAUUCCUCAAAUUCCGUCACGAUGGUAACAGCGAUUCGAAGACUAUUGCAGAGGCUGUUCGUCAACAUCUGAAGCAGCACGCUGCCAGACCCUGGUGGAAUCCCUUCCAUGGUGUAUCUGCCAGCCUUGUCUUUGGCAAACCAUGGGUGGAAGACUUGUCGCGCCAUCCUUCCCGCCGGCUUCGGGUCGAGUUUCUCCCGAGUGAGCCGGGUGCGGAAGUCGCUGAGCUUAGCCAGGAGCAGCUGUAUAGCUUUUUCCGUCCGUUCGGCAAGCUCUCGGACAUUGUCACGCAACCAUCUGACUCGAAAGUCUUGCCGCGAUUUGCUUACCUGGAUUUCUUCCAAGGCAGAAGAGCAGUCAUGGCAAAGAACUGUAUGCACGGCUACCUGGUCACGGAAGCUCAGGGAGGCGGUAAGAGCGGAACUGUCCUACGUCUACUCUACGAGAAGAAGCAACGUGCCGGGUGGAUCAAAGAUUGGCUUUUCAGUCAUCCUCGUAUUGUGAUUCCAAUAUUGGCAGCGCUCAUCGCGAGUAUCACGGUUGCUAUCUUUGAUCCUCUUCGAACUCUAUCCAUCAAAGCGCACAUUACCCGAGCCUUCCACAUCGAGGAUAAUGUGGUUUUCGCAUGGUUCCGCCGGCAGGGUGAGGACCUGAUCAACAGGGCGAAGCAACAAUUCGGUCAUGGCGGCGACGGAAGCGGCGGGAUGCAGGUGGUCUGGGAUGAUCGACAAGAAGAGAUCGAGCAGCUCAAAUCCUGGCUCAUCGAGUCCUCAGGCACCUUUAUUGUGGUCCAAGGACCACGAGGCAGCGGCAAACGCGAGCUUGUCUUGGAGCAUGCCCUUCGUCGACAGCGUGAAGCCAACCGAGUCUUGGUGAUAGACUGCAAGCCGAUACAAGAGGCGCGUGGCGAUGCUGCGACGAUUGCAUCAGCUGCAAAUCAAGUCGGAUACCGACCAGUCUUCUCGUGGAUGAACAACAUCUCCGGGUUGAUGGAUCUGGCGGCGCAGGGUAUGACCGGAUCCAAGGCUGGCUUCAGCGAGACUUUGGAGAACCAGCUCGUGAAGAUAUGGACCAAGACAUCUGCUGCGUUGAAGAGCAUCGCACUUGACGGACGAAGGAAAGAUGACAAGGACUACAAACUCGGUGAGGAUGAAUACUUGGAAGCUCACCCCGAAUGUCGUCCAGUGGUGGUGAUCGAGAACUUCCUCCACAAGAACUCUGAGCCCGGCGCAGCUCUCGUCUACGACAAACUCGCGGAAUGGGCAGCGCGCUUGACAACCUCCAACAUCGCCCACGUCAUCUUCCUCACCAACGACGUGAGCUUCUCCAAAUCUCUCAGCAAAGCGCUUCCCGACCGUGUCUUCCGCCAAAUUUCUCUGGGCGACUGCUCACCCGACGUCGGCAAGCGCUACGUGAUCAACCACCUCGACUUCGACGCACCCGACACUCCCCGCAAACCCAGCGACUCCCCCACAGACCCAGAAACUAAACCGCUCACUCCCUCUCAACAGCGCGAAGACCUCCAAGAACUAGACGAAGUCAUGAUUCUUCUCGGCGGCCGUCUCACAGAUCUGGAGUUUUUCGCACGCCGGAUUAAGGCCGGCGAAUCGCCUCGCAAAGCCGUCCGCGAGAUCAUCGACCAAUCCGCCUCGGAGAUUCUCAAAAUGUACCUUCUCCUCUCCUCUUCCUCUGACGGCGACUCUUCCCGACAGUGGACGCCCGCUCAAGCCUGGCUACUCGUCCGCAACCUCGCCGCCAACGAUACCCUCCGCUACAACGAACUCCUCCUCUCUGCGCCGUUCAAGUCCCACGGUGACCGCGCGCUCGCCGCUCUCGAACAAGCCGAACUCAUCACCGUAGCCUCCGUCAACGGCCGACCGCAUUCCGUGAAACCCGGCAAACCAGUCUACGGCCCGGCCUUCCAGCGUCUCGUGCAAGACAACGUGCUGCGCGCGAAGAUGGAGCUGGUGUUGCUGGGCGAGGCGAUCGCUGGGGAGAAUUCGGCGAUUGACAAGCUGGAGCAGGAACUGCAUUUGCUGAGUGAGUUGCCGAAACAGCCGAGGGAGUUGAUUGAUCGCGUGCAGUGGCUUGUGGGGAAGAUUGCGAAGGGGCAGAAGAACAUUGAGGGAUUGGAGAGGGAGAGUGCGGAGAUGAAGAGGAUUCUGGAGACGGAGUUUUAG